AUGAUUGACUGGCCCAAUGGGACGGCGUUCGGCCACCUGGAGGAGGGACCACCGCGGUCCGAGUGUGUGUUAGGCUACAUCCCUGUGGUCUACUACAGCGCCCUUCUGUGUGUGGGUGUGCCAGUGAAUAUCCUGACGUUGGUGGCUCUGUCCCGGCUGGCAGAUCGGACCCAGAAGGCUCUGUAUGUCUACCUCCUGGCACUGACUGGCGCUGACAUCCUCAGUCAGCUCUUCAUCAUCUUUGUGGGUUUUCUCCUGGAAACGGCCGUGUUCCACCGUGAGGUUCCCACCAUGCUGCUGCGUUCCAUCAGCAUGCUGGAGUUUGCUGCCAACCACGCCUCCAUCUGGGCCACCGUACCCCUCACCGUCGAUCGCUACGUCGCACUGUGUCACCCCCUGCUCCACCGGCAAAUCAGCUACCCUGCCCGGGCAUGGAAGAUCAUCGCGGCAGUCCUUGCUCUGGCACUCGUGUCCGGAGUGCCCUUCUUUUGGUGGUCUGACCUGUGGCGUGUGAGCAGACCCCCGACCUCACUGGACUGCAUCCUCAUCUGGACUCACGUGACUAUCAUCUACUUUUUACCCUGUAGCAUCUUCUUGGUGCUGAACUCGCUCAUCAUCCACAGGCUACGGAGACGGCAGCACCAGCAGCAGAGACACCACCAGGAGGAGAGCGGUCAACAGCUGGCUGCGCCAGGCCGACUGGGCAAGACCACGGGCAUGCUGUUGGCGAUCACCUCCGUCUUCACCGUCCUCUGGGCCCCGAGAACUGUGGUGGUGCUGUAUCACCUCUACGUGUCUUCAGUUCACACGGACUGGCGUGUCCAUCUGGCAUAUGACCUCGCCAACAUGCUGGCCAUGCUCAAUACAGCCGUCAACUUCUUCCUCUACUGUUUCGUCAGCAAGCCCUUUCGUGCUGCCGUAAGGGACGUCCUGCUCCUCAAAGGUGGGCCACUGCACCCACGUCACCAGCUCCACCACAGGAACGCACCAGUCAAUGCCUCCACCUCUUCAGUUUCCAGUGGGACCAAACGUUUGCAAAGGGAAAUCACCCCUCUUCAGGGCCGCAGAUCCGACUUCAUCAUGUAA